UCUUCUGAAGUUAAAAGAUUUCUCUUUUACCAGUUCUAGUUAAGAUUUCAUAAAAAAUGGUUAUAUAUUUUUUAUUCCUGACUGCUGUAAGCUGCAGCGCUUUAACAAAUUCGAAUGAAUUGCAUUUCUUCAACAUUUCAAUGAAUUCCCCAGUGAAUGGCUCAGGUAAUUCGUCGCAUCACUCUGUACUAACAAUUUCAAAUACAGUCCAGGACAAUGUCUCGAAGAAUACUACAAAUAUUACUGUACUCGGAGUAAACGGCAAUCAUGAAAACAAAACGACCGAGCUUGAUUUACCAGAUAAGUCGGGGAAAAGAAACUUGCAGAGUUUCAACUCAACUCACACAACCAUCUUUCCCGAUCUCACUGCAGUUAACAAGACUGGAAUGCCAAUGACGAACAGUUCUGACAACAGCACUCAGAGUGGAAAGAGCUUACUUUACAAGCAUAGUGUGCCUAUUAAAAAGCGUUUGAUACCAGAAUUCCCGAUGCCUGAGAGGAAUGUGGUAUAUAAGUUAAUUGUGGAGCAUCCCUCAUUUGGGGGUCGAGAGAAGCGAUUGGAUAGUUCAGUGCCAAUUUCGCGGCAGCGUAAGGAUAGCGAUGAAACCGACCAAGUUAUGAUGAAGAAGGUAUUCGAUUUGUUGCUGUCAGGCAUGUGAAGCGGACUGAAAUCUUGUUCAAAUUCCCAUCUAAAUUUUUAUGUUAUUUCAUUGAAGUAAUGAGCAUUUUAAAAAUAACUGUUUAGCUUACUCUACAAAAUUCUAAAGCAUUUGUUACUGUCAGCAUUUAUCAUGGUUACCAUUUAUAGUUAUAGCAUUAUCGCCAAUGUCAAACAUAGAGGAUGAAAUAAAAAUUACCUA